AUGCAGCUUCGAAAAAGCCCCUCCGAGGCUCGUGAGGCUUGCGAGGCUUACGAGGCGACGGUCUGCGAAGGCAUCGACACUGUUUCGCCGAUGAAUGUGUUGUUCUCACGGUUUCCAGGGGCCGGAGACACGCAGACUGGCCCAUCGGCUCCGGUGGCCAGUGCGAAAAGGGAUGUGGGGCGAUUUUGCGCCGAUUCCCAUAAACCGGAAAAGCGUUUACACAAUUAUGGCGUUUGUGCUGGUAGGGCCCAACAGUUCCGGCUGUUGCCGGGGUGA